ACCUUUGCACUUGAGCAGUCAGUUUGGAUUUGUCCAUCUCGAAAUUCGGUAGUGUUUUAGCUUCGCGACGUGGCGCGUACCCCCAGUUUUUUCGAAAUCAGCGAAUUUUCAUUGUAGGAAUCAAAUCCAGUUUUCAGCUGCGAAAGAUCAUCCUCCAUCCUGUAGUACAGUUAAGCCGAAAGAAGACACAGUUUCAAAAUGGCCGCCGCUCUAAACAUGUGCAAAGCACCCGAGUCCUACGACAGUUACGCGUUCAACCUACCGGACAAGUUCAAACUCGUGGCCCAGGACGAACUGCGCGAGGAAGACGACAUCCGGGAGAACGCCCUGAAGCAGGUGCGCGAGUGGAUCGCCAAACAUCCGCUAAUCAAAAAGUGCCGAACCGAUGCCCCGUUCCUGUUGCGGUUCCUCCGAACGAAAAAGUUCUCCAUUCCGGCGGCCACCGAAAUGCUGGAAAAAUAUCUCUCCAUUCGACAGAUCUACCCCGACUGGUUCCACAAUCUGGACAUCAACGAUGCCGAUCUGGAAGCGAUUAUCGACUCCGGUUACCUGUUUGCCUUACCCGAGCGUGACGAACGGGGACGCAAAAUUGUGUUCUCCAGUGCAGGCAAAUUCGACACUAACCGAUUCACGGCGGCCCAACUGAUCCGCAUCCAUUCGAUAGUAGUCGAAGCUCUGCUAGAUGAGGAAGAGUCCCAGAUUGCCGGCUAUGUUCACGUGAUCGAUGAUUCCGAACUUUCAAUGGGAUUCCUUGGAAUUUGGUCCUUCGCUGAUAUUAAAAAUCUGGCUCACUGUGUUCAGAACUCGCUGCCGAUGCGUCAGAAAGAGAAUCAUUUCGUCAGUUUGCCUCCAUUUGCCAACAAAUUGUCGGAGUUUAUUCUUUCUGUGCUGAGUGACAAGCUGAAGAACCGUGUGUUUGUGCACAAAAACAUGGACGAGCUGAAAACUAAGAUCAACCCAAAGCUACUGCCCAAAGAGUAUGGCGGAACCGUUCCCAUGGCCGACUGCAUUGCCCAGUUCAAGGAACUGCUCAAGUCGAAACGAGAUCAGCUAGUGGCUCUCGACGAAAUGCAGAUCGAAAUCAACAAAAAUUCGCCGUACUGGGCAGACAGCAGCGACGCAGAUAUAGCCGCUGGGGUAAUCGGCAGCUUCCGUAAGCUGGAAGUUGAUUAGGCUUCCUACAAUAGAAACUUUCCCUAAAAAAUCUCAAAUUUUCCUUCGAAAUUUUCAAAAUUGUAUUACAUAAGAGUGCUAAGCGGUAACUUUUAAACAAUUUAUUAUAGUGAAAGAUUAUAAUCCAUACGAUAGAAAGAGAUGAAUUCAACUGGAACACUUCUCUGUCUCCAAACAGGUGGAACAAAGUUACCAAAAGUCUAAUAUAUCAGUGAAUAAAGUAUUUAAAAGUUUCUGGAGCGUUCUAAAGGACUGGCGCGUGCUCUUCCAUUACUCUAAUUAUUUUUAGCUAAUACAAGUACUUACCCAUUACCUACAAACUAGAUGAAUUUCAACAAAACUAUGUACUGUGAUGAUAAACUGAGCAGCUUUGCAGAUUCGAUUCGAUUGGCAUUAAUUGUUUUCUAAAUAGUAUCCAUUCAGAAACGAUUGUCAAUCAUGUAUUUGAAAACCUUCUAGAAUGUUAUAGGAUUACUGAACCCACUUCCAACCCAUUUAUUCGCUUGUAUGCGUUGAGCUAUAUUCCACGUUAGGCUCAUGAAAAAACAAAACUUCAGGAAAAUUAAUAAACAAAAACAUGUUUAAAUUGUUGAA